AGAAGAGCCCAGUUCCGGAUCCGGGGCCGCCAUCUUUCCAUGAGACAGCACAGGAGUAGUCGGGGCAGCGGCGGAUUCUUAAAGCGAUGAUGCUGUCAACCGCCGGCUACGUCGACUCCGCUCUCGGGUUGGGGCACGAGGUUAAGCGGGUUCCCGCCAUGCAACACCGAUUCUCCCCCUACACCUUCAACGGCGGGACUGUUUUGGCAAUUGCUGGUGCAGACUAUUCUAUUGUUGCCUCAGACACCCGACUGAGUGAAGACUAUGCAGUCCAUAGCCGGGACAGUCCAAAAUGCUACAAGCUGACAGACACAACAGUCAUUGGCUGCAGUGGAUUUCAUGGAGAUUGUCUUACACUUACUAAAAUUCUUGAAGCAAGAUUAAAGAUGUACAAGCAUUCCAAUAAUAAGUCUAUGAGUUCAGGGGCUAUUGCAGCCAUGCUCUCGACAAUCCUAUAUUCACGCCGCUUCUUCCCUUACUAUGUUUACAACAUAAUUGGUGGAUUGGAUGAAGACGGGAAGGGUGCAGUAUACAGCUUUGAUCCAGUAGGUUCCUACCAGAGAGAUACUUUCAAAGCUGGUGGAUCAGCUAGUGCCAUGCUGCAGCCUCUUCUGGACAACCAGGUUGGCCUCAAGAAUAUGCAAAAUGUAGAGCAAGUGGCUUUGUCCCUGGAAAAGGCUUUGCAGCUAGUAAAGGAUGUCUUUAUUUCUGCUGCAGAGAGAGAUGUAUACACUGGGGAUGCAUUGAAAAUCUGCAUUAUUACUAAAGAUGGAAUUAAAGAGGAAACUGUUCCAUUGCGCAGAGACUAAGUUGGUACACUGUUCAGUUAACGGUCUUCAAUGUGUGACCUUAAUUUUUAUGCAGGUUAUUUAGUGGUAGGAUGACAUUUGAUGUAUUAAAAAAAAUUAAAAGUCAAAGUUGUCUGUCAUUGGUAUUUCAUUGCUUGUAACAAUGGAAUUUGAAUAUUGUGAUAACAGAUUCUGAUUUCCCAUCACUGAUGAGUCAUAAGAUGCAUACCCAGGACAUGAUCUGGUAAUAAAUGGUAAUGUUCGUUCAUUCA